CCCUCAAGAGCGCGACGAUUUGCUCAAGAACGGACGAUUUGCUCCACGAUGGGCUCCAAAGUCUCAUGCUUGGAGCCGUCCGCGCCGAAUGGUGGCAUUCCGGAGGCUGCUGAAGGCAUCUCCAGCUCGUCGCAGAACUGCCACCAUCAUCAUCGUUUUCCAAGACUUGGCUCUCAGGAGAGCCUCGAGCAAGAAUUGGGACCGACCGUCAGCCAACAGCUCGGUCGUCAGGUCGGACUGGGCAGACAGCAGUCGCCAACCGGCUUGAGUCAUCGCCAGGUCACAGAGACCAGCCAUUUGAGUCGACAGCUGUCGCCCCCGAGCCAGAUGAUCCGGAAGAACUCCAUCACUUCGGGAAGCAGUUGGAUGGCCACAAGAUGGAUCAAUGCAUUGGAUCGGCCCACGGACUUUGCCCGGGCACGCGUGGAACUGGUCAUGGAUUAUCCCAUGUGGCUCAUGCCUGCAGAGGAAUUGGUGAAUUUGAGAGGCCCUCUACAACCUCAUCAUGAGCUUGUGAAGAGCGGUAAGCUGGUGAAGUGGGGGGAAGGACGUAAGAGGAAGGUGGUCCUGAUCUCGCACCAGUGGGCUGGGAAGAGGCAUCCUGAUCCUUACAUGGACCAGAUCUCUGUUCUCCAGGACCUGCUGCUGGAGAUGGCGGCCGGAAGGGUCAAGGUCCGCAAGGACCUCAUCGCCGAGAUGAUGGGCUCCAACGUGGCCUUGCCCAGCGAGGAGGAACAGCACAGAUGUAUGGAGUGGGAUAUUUGGUAUGACUUCUUCGGGAUUCCACAGGUGGACGAUCGAGGCUGCGUGGCGUGUAUCCCGGAGCUGCAAGCGGCGGUGGAUAGCAUCCCUGCCUACUGUGACGCAGCGGACUACGUGAUCAUUCUGGCGCCCACGGUGAAACAUGCCGACACAGGCGCCCUCAUGAACUACGCCACCUGGGGCACCCGCGGCUGGUGCCGCGUGGAGCGCACCGCUACGGCCCUCUCGGCCAAGGAGAAGCCUUUGUUGGUGGUCACCAAGGCAAAUUCCAUUUUUCCCUCCUCGGGCGCAGAAUGGAUCCAAAGUUGGCCGCACGAUGGAGACUUCACCGUGGAGGAGGAUCGUCAAACGGUGGAGACCUUGACGAAGCAACUCCUGGAAUUGAAAUGCGCCUACAUGUUGCAGUCGGGUGACAUGCACCGAUGGCGCUUUUACAAGGCCCUCACCGCGAAGAUUCUCCGAGCGCGCGCGGUGCGCCCCAGCCAAAGAAAGAGCUUGUCCGAGGGCUUCCAGAAGCAGGAGAUCAUUGACUCUUUUCAAGUGAACUACCAUUUCAACAGCAUUUACUUCAACGAAGGCCUAACGUCGUUGAUGCUCGCGUGCAUCGAAGGAUGUACACAGACUGUUCAGCUGCUGAUUGACUCGAAGGCAGAGGUGAAUGCCACCUGGAAGGGCUCCAUUCGAGAGGUGCAACUGGAGGGCACCCAUACGGCGCUCUCCAUCUCGGCAGCUUUCUCCACCAGUGAGGUGGCAGCCUGCCUGUUGAAUGCUGGAGCAAAGCACGAUGCGUCUCGUGACAACCAAGGGAACUCGUUGAUCGGCAUCGCAGCGCUCUUUGGCAAUUAUGAAGUGAUCCCCGUCUUGGCUGACAUGGGCAUGGACAUUCACAGGGCCAACCUGAGAGGGGAUUCUCCGAUGAUUUGUGCGGUCUUAACCCAAAAUCCGCAAGUGGUGAAGACGCUGGCGGAUCUGCGGGCUGAUCCCAACCAGAAGAGUACCUUGGGUCAAAGUCCUUUGAGCAUCAGCGUCUUACAAGGCCUGGAACGGCAUGCGGCCUAUUUGCUGGAGGCUCAGGCAGAUCCCAACGUCCAGCCCAGCACCUGGGCGGCCACCGACCGCAGCGCGCAGGUGCGGCGGCUGGAGACGCUCUCGGAUUUCACCAUUCGCACCAUUGACUCCUCGCGGAAGAGCUCAAGGAACUCCACGAACCAAAUAAGGAGUGUGCUCUCUGUUCUCUCGGGUGGGACACCCUUGCAGGUGGCCGCAAUGAAUGGAAAUUGGCCAUUGGUGCAACUCUUGCUCAGGUGGAAGGCGGAUCCUUCCAAAACCACACCCAGCGUCCAGUCCACCGCUUUGGAACUGGCGGAGGACUAUGGGCACAGUGACCUCUUAAUGAGGCUUACUGGUGCCAUUGCCUCAGUCGACUAUUUUUACACUUGAGGCGACCGCCGUGCUGUGUCGCCCGCGCGCAACCGCGGAAACUGCGGACACUGCCACACAUCGAUGAAGGAAAUGGGGAGGGCUUCGGCAUGCGAGGAACUCCUGGCCUUGCCCAGCCUGGUGAGUAAGCCGAGUUCCCAAAAGUGGGUUCCGAAGAACAUCCCAAGCUCCGAGUUCUUGAAUCACAUGCUUGUUCACCACCCAGUUUGGAGAUGAGC